CAUUUAAUUCGCGCUUUUUCUGUAAAACAAAGAAAACCAAAAAAGUAAUUUUCAAUCGCAUGAAACUCAUUGUUAUUGAACUCCGCUUGUUUUCCAAUUUGUUUAACCCCGAUUCCGACGCUCGUUGUGUGUUUUUGUAACGAAUGCAGUGAAUAUCAAGUGAAACGUACAACCAACUCGUGCAUAUAUAUUAUAUGUGGUUACCAACAGUGCUUCUCUAUUUGGCGCCUAAAAACGGAAGGAUACUCGUGGCUUAAAUCAUCAGCUCUAGUAAAUUACAGAAGGACAUUAACACCAGGAACUGGACCAAUUUUAGACCGAAAAAAUACGAAUAAUCAAACACAACAAUCAACUUUACUCACCGACCUUUCUAGUCUUCUACAUACCCGUUUACACUCGAAGGACCUUUUGUACCGACCACUUUUUGGAUAAACAUAUCGCUAGCGAAGAAACCGAAGGAGUUAGUGCCCCAAGCCCGGACCCAUCCUCCCGAUCCUUUUGCCCCUCCAUAAAUUAAUAACCAUUUAACCGGUUCGUGCCCUGAGGCAAAGGAAUCCACGACGGCGCCACUUAAACCGCAAGCCUACAAAAUUGGCCGAAUGUUAUGUUGUGGCUUCUGCUGUGGCAAUAUGUCGAAGCGCGAUUACAAAGUGGCCACCACGGAUGGCAUCGAGCUGGAGCCGUUGGGCGGCGAAAAGUGCGACAAGGAUAAGGACAAGGACAAGGAGAAGCAGACGAAUGGCGUCACUUUUGGUGGCGAAUCGAGCGGCGGACGGCAGACGCGCACCGGAGUGGCCGUCUGCUCACAGCGCCGGGCUCUACUUGUGGCCGGAAUCGUGCUCGGCUCACUGCUGCUGACGGCCAUCAUCAUCGCCUACGCCGGACCGCAGAACGACUGCUCCUGCGGAUCGAAAACUGUGUCCGGUUACGAAACGGAUGAAGAGAACAACACGCAGCCCUUCAAUCCGAUUGCCACCAACGGGGAGCCCUUUCCCUGGCUGGAGAAGAUGCUGCCCACCAGUGCGCGACCGCUGCGGUACAUGGUCACCAUCCAUCCCAAUCUGACGACACUGGACGUCAAAGGCCAAGUCACCAUCGAUUUGCAUGUGGAGAAGGAGACCAACUUCAUUGUGCUGCACAUCCAGGACCUCAACGUCACCGAGAAGGCCAUCGUGACCCCGGGUCCCAAAGGCUACGCCCUCAAGAUUGUUAAGGUGCUGGAGUUUCCGCCCCGGCAGCAGCUCUACAUCGAGGUGAAGGAGAGACUCAAAAAGAAGUCCAAUUACACCCUCAACCUUCGCUGGUACUCCAAACUCAAUCCGGAGCCAGAGGGCUUCUAUGUGGACCAGUACGAGAGCUCCAAUGGCGUUGAAAGGCUAUUAGCUGCCACAGUUUUCCGACCGAAUGGUGCAAGAAGAGCAUUUCCCUGCUUCGAUGAGCCGCACGUUCGAGCACCUUUCCGGAUCUCCGUGUUCCGAGAUCGUUUUCACAUCGGCCUGUCCAACUCCAUAGUGCACACCACCGAGGACGUAGGCUUUUACAUGGGCACAGGAUUGCUCCGCGAUGACUUCAUAGAGACUCCGCCACUGCCAGCCGAUGCGGUGGCCUGGGUGGUUAGUGACUUCCAGCGCGAAUCCCUGCAGCCCUCAGCGGCAUAUAUACCCACGACACCAGCGCCACCGGGUUCCGGAGUGGGUGGCAAAAAGUCCGCCCAGCUAAACAAUUAUACUCAGCUUAAGGGCAAAAACCCGCCGGUACGAAACAUCACUGCCCUGACGCAUUCAUUGAAUGUCAACCUGACGCCACGCCAAAACCUGACAGUGGUCCAACCCACGACGACGACAGCUUGGCCAGUUAAUCUCAAUGGGAACGGAAAGCCAACGAAUCUAACAUCACUUUCCCAGUCCACGGGAUCUUCGAUCAAGAGAGCUCCGUCGUACACCUUCUAUGCACCCAGGGAUCUGCUGAUUCGAUCUUCAUUCAUUCUGCAUACUUCAAGAGACGUUCUGGAGUAUUUGCAGACCUGGUUGGAUAUUAGUUAUCCGCUCACAAAAGUGGACUUUGUGGCUUUGCCUUCUCUGGAUCGUAAUAUGAUCUCCUCGCUGGGAUUGGUCACUUUGAAAACCUCGUUCUUAACGGAUCCAAGCUCCAUAACCUCCGAGCAAUAUCAGUUUAGUGCAUUACGAAUAGCCGAGGCAAUGGUUAGGCAAUUCUUUGGAGGAAUCACUUCGCGCAAGGUGCUCAAGGAUGUCUGGUUGUGGGAGGGGUUAAUCCAGUAUUUGGGCAUCCACGCCUUGGCUCCCCUCCAGGAAACCUGGCCCUUGAGAGAAAUGUACCUCUUGAAGAUGGCCACAGCUGCGUUGGAUAUCGAUGCCAUCCAAGGAUGGGAUAGCAUCAUGAACGGCACCAGUCACGAUGGCAACAAUGAGGACUUCUUUGUUCAAAAAACAGCGGCCAUAUUCUCCAUGUUGCACACGGCCAUCGGUGAGGAUCGGUUCAGGGGCUGCCUGGGCUCGUUCCUCAAGGUGAAUCGAUUUAGGACUGCUGAACCCACUGAUCUGUGGACCAUUUGCACGAAGAAAGCCAACGGUUCGAAGAAUAUCAAGGACAUGAUGACACUGUGGACGCACCAGCCGGGCUUUCCCCUCCUUACGGUCACCAAAAUGGGCAACAGUAUUUCCAUCUCGCAGAGACCUUUUCGACCGGCGGAAUUUCUGGCCAUCCAUGACGACUCCUACGAUGGGAAUAACUACAAUAAAACGACGCUGAAUGCCACCGAUAUGCCCAGCACAGUGGCACCCACAACACAGGGCAGCAAGCAUAAGGUGGCGCCGCACAUGAAGUGGAUCUUUCCAGUCACCUAUGUGACAGAUAUCAACAAUGUCAGCGAAUCCCUCUGGAUGCAGAAUGUGGAUGUAACCUUCAAUGUGCCGGAGAACGUAAAGUGGAUCAAAGUGAAUGCAAUACAAAAUGGUUAUUAUCGUGUGGUCUACAAUGAUGAUAACUGGGCAAGUCUAAUCGAAGAGUUGGCCGCAAAUCCCAACCGCUUUACCAGCGAGGAUCGCCUGGGAAUGUUGUCGGAUGCCUUUACACUCUGUCAUGCGAAUCUGCUGCCCUGUGAGAUCACCAUGAACAUGAUUCAAUAUCUGCCCAGUGAGACGCACUACGGUCCAAUGGCCUUAGCAUUGAGGCAUUUGGAAAAGUGGCGACGCAUCCUUAAGUACUCGGAGUGCUUCCUUAUGCUUAGCGAGUUCAUUAAGAUGAAGAUAUCCACGGUGAUGGAGAAGGUCGGCUGGUCGGACGACGGCGAUGUGGCCACCAGGUUACUGCGUCCCGAAGUGCUUUUGGCAUCGGUUUUGUGGGAAGACAUCGAUAGCAUCACCAAGGCGAAGAACAUGCUAAACCAGUAUCUAUACUACAAUGGCACCGCCAUUCCACCAAAUCUUAGAGAAGUGGUUUACACGGGCUCCAUUCUAUCCGGCGAAUACAUUUACUGGCAGCAUUGCUGGGAACGCUUUGUUAACCUGCAGCGAACAUCAGAGACCUUCGUAGAGCGGAUGCAGUUGCUCCGAGCCUUGGGCAGAACCAAGGAUGCUUGGCUGCAGAAUCGCCUGUUAUCCCACGUUACAAUGCUGCCCACCGAAGAGGUGGUGCAGGUGCUCAAGGCCAUUGCAGGAACGCCGACGGGCGGAGCCAUGGCCUGUCGCUUCCUCCAAGCCAAGUGGUUCGAGCUGGAGAAGCGGCUGGGACCUGGAACAAUCAGCUUCGCCAAGGUCAUAUCGGCCAUCACCCAGUACGGGGCCACUAAGUUCGAUUACGAUGAGCUCAAAUCGCUGGUCCAUCGAUUUGGCCGGGGUCAUGGGAUGUCUGUGCUGAAUAUGACCUUGAGCAGCGUGGCCUCCAACGUAGAGUGGGUGGCCCGGUCACAGACGUCGCUCUACAAGUGGGUGGAGGGCAACCUGCACUCGCACCGAUAGAGGAGAUGGGGACACGGAGGUCACAGUCACAGUUCUCUCUUCACACUCAUUUGUAAUUAUGUUCCUCUCUCAGACACGAAUCUUAAGUGAGCUUUGAUUUCGCCGAGUUAACUAACACAAUGGAUCUAUGUACUCUUUACCAUAUCAUUGCCAGUUCGAUCGAUCUCCUUGAUUUUCUCUGUAGCUAAACUAUGAUUUUAGUACUUAAAGUUAGCCCACUCAACUGUAAAAUACGAUUGCUAUGAUCAAGCAGCUCUUAUAUAUGUGUAUAUCUAUCCAAGUGGAGAAAACCUUUUCUAGCACAUACGAACGUGUAUAUCUACAACUGAACAUAAGGAUAUAUCUAUAUAUGUAUAUUGUAUAUGUAUGUAUAUUUUACAAACCAAACAAAACCAAACAUAUUUAGAGCAAUGGAUAAUUGUAGAUUGUAAGCGAAGAACAAAGAACAACAUAUUUUUUCAUAAAAUCUAAAACCUAACAAAAGGAUCCCCAAGAAUCGAUAAACGAAAUCGCUUAUGAAUGCAUUCUAGUACUGUAUAGCAUAUGUAUAUUAGUUUUAGUGAGCAUUGCGCUCGUGUGUGUGUCCGUGUAUGUGCGCAUCGAAAAAAUAUCACAGAAAUCUUCCUUUUGCCCAAAGAUAAUGUACUUAGGUAACCAUAUAUACCCUAUGCUGCCUGACCAAAACCAAAAAGGAAAUAACCAUGACCAAGUUUUAAAUAUCUUUUGAUUUCUAAAUGUUAGCUUCCAAUCAAUAUAAUUAUUAUGUAUGUUGAAGGUACAUGAAAUAUAUUUUCUCGAAAUGCUAGUAAUAACUAUAACUUGAAAUAAUACAUGAAUUUCGAAUCCAAAUCAGUUUAAUCAAAAAGAUAAGUUUUGCGAAUAAAAAGAACAUCCGAAAUAUGAAUCGCUAGCAUAAUUAGCUUAAAAUCUGUUAACGAUAUCGUAUGGCUGCCAUAGUUAUUAACUGGUCAAAAUAUCAGUAUGGUGCCAUGAACUACAUCAUGAAUGUAAAGUUCUCGUCUUUCAAGCUCUAAGGUCUAAGGUCAGGCAGGCAGAUAACUUAGGAAAUCGAGAUAGGAAAUACCAAAUCGACAUCCCUUAUGUACAUACAUGGCAUACAUGCUGUAGUUUGCUAGAAUACAAGACAUGUUCAACACUUUUUAUUUACGCACUCGCCUAUGGUCACUUAAACUGUGUAUCAGAUUACAACGUUCCGACAAGUGUCUUACUAAAGACAUUUUACCAUCUAAUUUACUAUUUUACCAUAUCGCUGCUUAUCAUUUGAUUGGUGUUCGGAACGCCAGCCCCAAAGAUAGCCAGCUAAUAAAGCCCGAGGUGUUUGUGCAAACCGAGGGAAUCCGUCAACUUAAAACUUCGGUCCUAUGGCACGCCGGUUUUGUCAUUAUAAACCAUAGAAACAUGUAUUAGUUGUGCCAUUCUAGCCACCCGCGAUAAGAAAGUGCCAUGCGACUAGAUUAGCUUAGUGGGAGACAUGAGCGUAGAUGGGCCAGUUUUCGAGGGGCAACAUUUUUGAGUCAGAGAGAAUCUAACUUUUGAAAUCCAAUUGAUAUAUCAACCGAUGGAAAUGGUCAAGCAGUUUCAAAGUUAAACCUUCAACCGCAUUUGGCUAUGCUAAUUCGUAAAUGUGUAUUUGCAUUAGGUCAUAUGAGAUCUUUGAUUUCGUUUUGGGAGGAAUAGUUUGAUUUGCUUGGCUAAGACACACUAAGACUAACUCAAUGAUACUCGAAGUCAAUCGCUCAGAUACCCCGAUUUAAAUUUAAAACUGUCGAAACACAGUCGGAGAGAUAAGAGAGAGAGAAGGAGAGAGAUAGAGAGGGAGAGGGAGAGAUAAACACAAAAUGAAAACAAAAACAACUUUAUUAGCGACAAAGUUAGAUCACAGAGAAAACACAAAAACAAGUUUUGGAGCGAUUUUACGGAUUUUUGAAAAAUGUAUAAGCCAAACAAGCAACUAAAAAUGACAAACGCAACAAGCCGAAAUAGAAAUAAUACAAAAAGAACACAGUAAAACAGAGAAACUCAAAGCCCAGAAUAAGAAAAAAAUCAAAAAUUCGGGAAGAUUAAGAAAGUUAUUCAGAUCAACGGACUAAAGAGAUUAUGGUUUUUGGUUACAACAUGUCUUUUGUUUAAUUCUUAGCCCAUUCAUCGUCUAAAUGCAUUGUACAAUGCAUAUCCGUCCACAGCUUUGAUUGAUUUAUCCUCAUUUGAGUUCCAUUCAGUUUUCUAAAAACAAACACACAACCUAUCCUCAACCCGUUCCGAACUCCUACUCCCGCUUUGUCCUGGAGUUGAAGAAUGGCCUUUUCGAGAUUCAAGGAUCAAAUAUCAAUUCUAGUUAAUUUUAUUAGAAGAAAUUUUUUGGCAAUCGGCAUCAGUUUAUAAAAAUUUAGUAAUUAUGCAUUGUCUAUUAGGUUUUAUAUAAAAUUUCGCGUAUGGCAAAUACAAAGUGUAUCUAGAAUGCAAUGGAAAGCAGGCAGAGCAACUCUAAAGACGUAAACCUAAUUGUACGCUAAUGAUAUAUACACAUCUAUAUAUAAAUAUAUAUAUUUACAUAAUGUAGUUUAAGUCAAAUGGGAAUAUUAAUAAAAACGAUAACUAAUCUGUAAA